UUAACUGAAAAGGCUAAUGCACCAAGAAUCAAGCACUUUGACAAAAAUCGAAGUCUACGAAGGGACAGUUUUCGAGAAGUACCUACAAUGCUGAGAGUUUUUACGGGUCAUUGGUUUCUGCACUCCUCUUCGUAAUUUCCCCUUCCCACCCUGCAAGCCCUUGCCUGCUUUGUGUGUUCAGCAUGUGGUAUCCUCAAAAGAGAAGAGGUGUUCAAUACACCGAACGGUUCCUGGGCCUGGAGAUGAGCGUGUGGGGGAAGAAAUCAAAAGGCAGAUGGGCUGACAUUCUUUGGUGACUGGCAGAGAGAUGCAGUCUUUGAUGCAUAUCUAGGUUCCUGUUUCUGAUUCUGCCACAGUUGUGUUGACAAAUGUCCUUGCCACCCCCCUAGUAGAAGCAGUUUGUGCUUAGAACCAGAGGCAGAAAAAUAGGAUUGGGGGGGAAAGCAGGGACUUUGAUUAGUCAACAGGAAAAAAGUGUACCCCCAGGGGAGAAGGCUCUCCUGGAGCAAAACUGUACCUGGAGACCGGUUGAGGUUGAAGCACCGAGCAAUGGAAGAACUGAAGCCUGCGUCUUCCUAGGCAAAGGAGUGCUUGUGCUGAAGGCUAAGAGCUGAGCUCCCUGUAGCAGCAGCAAAGGCAGCGGCAGCGGCGGCGGCGGCGGCGGCGAGGGCGGCAGCAGCAGCGCGGCUCUGUCUCUGGUCCCAGCGCUCCGUGCUUUCUGCAGCCGCCACUGCAGCCAAGGCGGGGGCUUCUUCUCUGCAACUGGCUGGCCCUUCCAGCACUGUGCCUGGGGAAAGGAAACAAGAUCAAAGAAGAUCGGAGACAAUCUCCCUGGGGCCACUAGCUCCCGCCCGCUUGCUUGUGGGCAGUUGGUCCUUCAGUCUUUGGCUGGAGCGCUCACUCCCUCCAGCGCUUAGAGAGCAGUUGGGGUGGCGUGGGCUCUUGUCCUCAUCUUGGUUGGUGGGAACCGUGUGUUCAACAGAGGAAGCCUGGUGGGCCUGGCCCCUCUCAGCCCAGCGCCGAUGAGUGCCAGGGCGCCGAAAGAGCUGAGGCUGGCCCUGCCGCCUUGUCUCCUGAACCGGACCUUUGCUUCCCACAACGCCAGUGGAGGCAGCAACGCAGGUAUCCGCAGCUCAGGCGCAGGUGGUGGCACCUGCAUCACGCAGGUGGGACAGCAGCUCUUCCAGUCUUUUUCAUCCACGCUGGUGCUGAUUGUCCUGGUCACUCUCAUCUUCUGUCUCAUCGUGCUGUCCCUCUCCACUUUCCACAUCCACAAGCGUAGGAUGAAGAAGCGGAAGAUGCAGAGGGCUCAGGAAGAAUACGAGAGAGAUCACUGCAGCGGCAGCCACGGUGGUGGGGGGCUGCCUCGAGCAGGUGUUCAAGCCCCAACCCACGGAAAAGAAACCCGGCUGGAGAGGCAGCCCCGGGACUCCGCCUUCUGCACCCCUUCCAAUGCUACUUCUUCUUCCUCCUCAUCCCCUGGUCUCCUGUGCCAGGGUCCCUGUGCACCUCCGCCUCCACCGCCAGUCCCAAGUCCACACGGAGCACACGCAGCUUCCUCCUGCUUGGACACACCGGGCGAGGGCCUUUUGCAAACGGUGGUACUGUCCUGAUUGUGCAGCCCCUCUCCUGACCCUUUCCUCAUUCCAGCAUCUUUACCGUCCUCGCUUUUGUUCUUGCUUUCUUCCUUUUCCGUUCUCCUUUGACCCCCGUUUUCUCUGCCCUCUUUCCUUACCUGGCCACCCUUUCACUGUCUCUCCUCCGCCGAGGCACUGUGCGGUAUUUGUAAAUAUUGGGCGAGGAAAGUCUCAGAGGAAGAAAUAACACUGAUAAAUACUUUAUUGAUAUUUAUAGUAAUUAUUAUACUAUUAAUAACACAGUCCAAGCGCAUGACAAAUCACAUAAUUUCUCAUUGUCAAUGAAGGCUGCAUCUUCCCUCUCCACCCCGUGCCCCCCUCAGUAAAGAGGAGAAACCGCACAAGCUACCAAAUAUCUAAAAGACAUUGACACCUAAGCAAAGGAUGGGAGGGGACCGGGGUGUUGUAUAUAGCUGUCAAGUGAAAGUUUAGUCACCUUUUUGCCCCUCCCUCACGGGCUUUCUCUUUUCCUUUAGCUUGUCUCCCUCCCCUUUCCUCACCUUCAGCUGGGCUCAGGCAAUAGUAUAUUAUAAAGGGAACAUCUACAGAAAGCACCAGAGACCACAUAGAAGGUCCCAGAAAAACGUUUAGGACAGGUAACCCCUCUCCAGUCAGUCAUCCUCUCACUUUUUGGUGUCCUCCUCGGGCAGAAUUUGAGUUUACUUUUAGAAAUUAUCUCUCGCUGGCCGAGCGCAGAAAACAAAAACCAUACUAUCUGCUUUUGCUACCCGUUAGGCCCCACUUGCACACUUGACUGGUGGUCAUUUUGUUCUGUUCUGGUUUUUGGUUUUGGGGGGAGUGUCUUUUUGGUUUUGUUUUGGACCUCAGAGAAUCGGGAGCUGUCCAGCCAGGUCUGGUGCUGAAUAUGUCUCAUCUUCAUGGUUACUUCCUCUGGUUGUGCAGACCAAAGAAGGAGCUGUUUUGGAAAGUGAUCGUCUUGGUUUUGAUUGGUUUCUUUCUUCUUCUUUUCUACAAUUGGAUUAGCGUGUGCUAUUGUUUUUCUUAUCAUUAUACAUUAUACAUUGUAUAAGUUACCUUUAUGUGAAAAAAAAAAGUAUUAGGUAAUGUGCAGUUUUGAAAAUGCAGUAUCUAACCAGCCACUAUGUUUCUGUUUUAUUUUUAGAACAAGUGCACCUUUGUUAUAUAUUAUUAUAUCGGUACCAAAUACAGAAGAAAACUAUAGCUCUGUGAUAUAGCCUCCAAACUGUAUAUUCUUGUUCUGACUUUCCAGCUGUUGAUAGAAUGGUUGCCACUGGCUGAGGAAGUCAGUGGUUCAGGCCUGCCUGGCUUCUGCUGUUUCCGGAAGUGUUCUUUUGUAUUUUACUCUGUAGUAGACUAUUAUAAAAUGAUGACACCCGUGUUUCCCCCUUUUCUUUUGUGAAUCACAGAAACAACCACAACAGAAAACAAAUAAUGGAUGUGCUGGGACGCCAUCUAUUAAAAACAUGGUUAAUCUUUAAACAGUGCCUGUGGUCCUCUGCAUGCAGUUGCCACCUGGAGGCAGUGCCGUGUGUGCUUGUACUGUAUGCAUUUGGGGGGAAAGACUGGUGGAGAUGUUGGGCAAUUUGGAUGACAGGACAUAACAACUUCUAAGUUAAAUCCAUAGAUGCUUACAGGAUAAAACUGUUUAUAGCUUGCUUAGUUAUGACUCUGUGCCUGCAUCCGAUAGACGGGGAAAUCUUCCUUCUUCCCAAGUCUGGCCUAAUUAACCACCCCGAACACCUAGAGAAUGUUGAGGAAAAAGGAAAGCAUGAGAGAAGAUAAAUCUCUUUUGUCCUCUCUUUAAAUGUCAGAUAAGUCCAUCUAUGUGACACUUUGCUGCUUGGCUAAGGCAGUGGGACCCCACAUAUCCCUCUCCCAAGCCACUAGCUGCCCUCUCCGCUGUGUCUUGUUCCAAGUUGUAUGGGCUUAAUAUUCCGAGCAAUUAUUGCCUCUAAUGUUUUUGGUUAUAUAUAAAGUUUUCCAAGCUCAGUCUGUCUCUUUAUAAAAUAAUUUAAUAAGGUUGAUUUAGUCACCCAUAGAUAUCAUCUAAGUCCUUUUAUGAAGCACAGAAGAUCUUCAUUUAAGCAUGCUAUGUGUAUCGUUAGGAAGACCAGGUAUAAUCUUUGGAUACAAUUAUUAAACAAUGAACCAGAUUCUCUCCAGUGCCUUAGUCACUUCCUAGUAACAGGUCAGAGUGCAUUCACUCCCUUGGGCCAUCAAGGAAGCUGUUAGUGUAUCGGAGCUCUACACUGUACAACAGAAUGGCUAAGGCACUGUGAAGGAGACUGUCCACUAAAUCUCUUUAACUUGCCCUCAUCCAACUGUAGUUCUUAAUACCUUCUUCCAGAAUGCGUUUUGGAUGUGAAAUCUGAAUAGGAUCAGGAACCCAGAAGGAAGGUUCAUCAUUUCAAAUGAACUCUACUUAAGUGCAUAGAUAUUACUUUCUUCCCAUUAUUUGGUGCACUCUUUUUACAGUAAAUAAGUUCCCAUUUUAUUAAAGCAAUAAGAUAUUAUGUUUUGAGCAGUGCUAGAUGCUGAUUCCACUUCCUUGGUGCUGAAGCGACUCAUGUGUUCCUGCCUUAUGAAUCAGUGCAUUCAAGGCAUGCAAUAAUAAUCCCCUUCCAAGAAGCAGACUGUACACCCUGGAGGGCAAUGUCCUACAUACCUUUUUUUCCCAGAAGGAAUAGAGUGAACUAAGAAAUAAACUAAUUAUGUGUAUUUAAAAAAAACAUCUUGAUACCUCUAACCAUAAGCACACAUCUGUAAUGUGCUAUUAUUGUGCACCUUUAAAUGUAUAUGCCUUUUCCCCAUCCAUUAACUAGGGUUUAAUAUUUUAAUAGUGUCCAGUGUAAAGAGGAUGCAGCUCGUCAAUCACAUUUCAUACUGAGUUUAAUAUGCUGUGAACCUGGUGGCAUCACACAAGAUUUCUGUGAGCUAGAAUGAGAAUUACAUGAAAUUCUUGUAGGCCAGAUCCCACACCAAAUUAUUGUAGUAAGCAUACGGCAACGCAGAUUUCUAUAGAGUCUGCUUAGACUGCUGCUUAGAGAGCUUAACUGACCCAUACGACAUUCGAGGUUUCAUUUUUAUGAGACAAAAGGCAAUAUGAAAAAUAGCUAAAUUUACUCUAAGGAUUUUAUUUACUGCUGUCCCGUCAAACUAAUUGCUCCAACCCUCUAUAGCUACAGCUCGGUUCCCGCACUUGCUAUUCAGUAUUAAUAAGGUAGCAUGCUUGAUUCUUACUGUUUUAAAAAUGAGAAAAAAUAGAGAGAGAAUGCCAAUAUGUCAACUGUACGGGACUCUGACUCUUGAAGAUGAAGAUGGAUAUAAUCUUUAGAAUUUAUAUACACCCAUAGAUAUGUAUUUAUAUAUGCAUACAUUUUGUACAAAUUUACAACGGACUUUUUGUAUUCUCUUUUCUGUCAUUAUGAGUAUGAGACUGAAACCAAAUAGUUGCUCCAUCCUCUGAUCCAGAGAGGAUCCGAGGAGUCAGGCGUAUGCAUGCACUUGGUUCUCUGAGGUCAAAUCGGAAUGGCUUUCUCUUUAUUUAGUGGAAGGGGAGAGUCUUCCUUGGCUUGGGGAAUUGGUAAUUAGAUAAGCUUCCUUUCCUCUAUUAGUGACUCAAAUGUAGCAAUGAUAAUGAAGUCAUGACCAUCUCUAUGUGGUCCAGCUAUUUGGAUGGAUCAGAAAUCUAUCUAUCUAUCUACAAGAGCAUUGGAGCCAUCUUGACCACAAUCAUGGAUUUCAAUUCGAUUUUUCCUUUUCCCUUUCAACUUAUACGUUGUAUGAGAUACAACAUAUACCUGCAUAUGUAAAGGUAAAAUGAAACUAUAACUAUUAUUUGUUUAGUUUGACAAGUAGCGUUUUGGAAAACAUGGACAAGUUAGCUUUAAAAAUUACUGGGCAUUUGACUUUUUAACCCUUCCUGUCUGUAGCCAUUGAAUUGAUUAGAUACUUACUAAAAUUUCUUUUUCCAAUGCAUAGGCAUAGGUUUUAAGUGCUUUAUGUGGAAAAUUGCUGAGAAAUUACUAACUGAUAUUAUCUGAGAGUUAUGGGCUAAAUUGGAACCAGAAACUUUAACAUGGCUUCUAAAGUCUACUCCCAGGAGUACCUAGGCUUUGGACUGGAAUCUGAAAAGCCACUUAUUCAUGUUUGGACGUUGCGGUGUGGUUCACAGAUGUUCAUGCAAAAAUGAGUUGCCCCAUCUACACAGAAAGGUAUUUCAUCACUGGGAUGAAUAUAAAUCUGAUUCUGGUUAGUCUUUUUUCCUUAUUUGAUAACAUCUGAGAAGCAGAUGUUAUGACUUGACAUCAAUACUUAUCAAUGCCACCAACCCAAUGACAUGAUUGGUGCGGUGUAGGAAUGCUUAGUGGAGAAUAAGAACUUACUUAGCUUUAACUGAGAGACAGUGCAUUAUUUGGGUUGCUUUACCCAUUUGAGGCAAGAUAUUUCAUUGAGACUUGUGGUCUCACAGGAUUGCUGCUACAGAGAGGUUAACGACAGUGUCGGCAUCAACAGAAAAAGGUGAUUUUUGAACUCUAGUAUAUCCAAUAGAUAGAAUAAAACAGGUAUUAGAAAUUCAUGAAAAAUUUGUUUUGCUUUUAUAUCAAUAAAAGAGUUUUCUUGUUAA